UAUCACACAUAAAAAUAUCGAUCUAAAAAAGCAGCUAUAGAGCGUGUCUAAAUGAAAGAAAAAAAUUAAUAAAACAAAAACAAAACAAAAACAAAAAAAAGUUAAAACAAAUACAUCUUAGCGGCGACUUGGCGACACGACAGAUGCAAUCAAGCGACUUUGCUGUCAUAGGGAGACGAGUUGCGACCUUAAUAGAGAGGUGGAGAGGGAGUGUCUACAAGCUGGUCUGGCAGGAGUUGUUCCUCUAUGCUACUAUCUACUUCUCUUGUUCAGGAAUCUACAGAUUUGUCUUAAGUGAACCAUACCGGAGAGCCUUCGAGAAAGUGUCCCUCUACUGCACCUACUUCAGCGACUUGAUCCCCGUGUCCUUCGUGCUGGGCUUCUACGUGAGCAUCGUCAUCCAGAGGUGGUGGGCGCAGUUCGAGUGUAUCCCGUGGCCAGAGACCAUCGCCCUGGUCGUGUCCACAGCUAUCCAGGGACAUGACGACCGCGGCCGACUCAUGCGCCGUACCAUUAUGCGCUACGUGAACCUGGCUUUCACGUUAACACUGCGCAUGAUCACCCCGCGUGCCAAGAAGCGCUUUCCAACCCUCGAUCACAUGCAGGAAGCUGGGUUAAUGACCUCAUCCGAGAGAAAGAUCUUCGAGGCCAUUAGCAAGGUCACCCCCCACCCCAUGUACUACCUGCCUCUGGUGUGGACGGGCAGCGUGGUGUCGAGAGCCAGGGCGGAGGGGCGCGUCCGAGAUGACUUCGCCAUGAAAACGAUCAUCGACGAAUUGAACGACAUCAUGCGAAAACUCGGAGACCUCCUGAGCUACGACUGGAUCAGUGUGCCUCUUGUCUAUACGCAGGUGGUGAGUCUCUCCGUCUACUCCUUCUUCAUCUCCACCAUCAUGGGCAGGCAGUUCCUCGAUCCGACCAAGAAUUAUCCGAACAACAGCAUCGACUUCUACAUCCCCGUGUUCACUUUCCUGCAGUUUUUCUUCUACAUGGGAUGGCUCAAGGUAGCCGAAACCCUCAUCAACCCUUUCGGAGACGACGAUGAUGAUUUCGAAGUCAAUUGGCUCAUCGACCGAAAUAUCCAGGUAUGCUACCUUAUCGUGGACGAGAUGCACAACGAGCACCCAGACCUCGUUCAGGACCUGUACUGGGACGAGAUCUUCCCCCCAGAGCUGCCUUACACCUACGCCUCUGAGCAGUACCGUCGCGGCCCUCCGAUGGGGAGCACUGCCAACCUCGUUAUACCGCAAGAGGAUCAGGAGAUUUUGCCCGUGUUGGAUGAGGUGCCUGAGGAGGGGGAUGUCGAACAGAGAAGAGGCUCCAUCAUGUCAACUCGAUCUCUGAAGACAGGGAGAAGGAGCUCGAUGUAUGUGUUCCAGCAACGUCUCAAAUCUUCAAGUAAUCCAGGAAGCACGACCUCGAUCCGGCGACCUCGUCCUCGAAGUCUCACCCUCAACCGAUCCCUGUCAAAGGUGUCUGGGAGCUCCUACUUGCACGGCAGCCGCCUCAACCUAGGGAGACAUAAUACCAGUACCUUCUCCGUACAGAGCGACGUCUCCAGAGUGUCCAGUGACUCUAUGUCUCUGAUCGGCGGACUAUGUGGGCGUGAGGAGAGGCGCCCUUCCUUGCAACGGCAGAUUGCACACGACGACGAGGGCGCAAUACAUAUCAACAUCAAGAAACAGGAUAAUGAAGGAAACAUGCUAUCGGGGUCGAGAGACGAGCUGGUCAAGAACGAAGAACUGAACCUUGACGAUGACGAAGCAGCCAGGAGUAGGAAGAUAACACGUGACGAAGGCAAUCUCUUUGCCGAGGUCCGUUUCCAGCCUCAGGUGCAUGGGAAGCAUCUGACGCGGUCGAUAUCCAGCUGAAGUUUGUGUUCCGCCACUGUCCGGUCCCGGGCCCACACUUUCUAAACCGUUGUUUGGAAGCACUUUAGAAGCGGUUGUCCUAGCGAAGUGAUAAAGAGCAGGAAGGCAUCCGGCUGCGAGUGCGAGUGGACUCUGUGAUAGUGGUGGGCGUAGAAGGAAAAAAAGAGCAGCACGUUGAAGGAUUUACACGAGGAGGAGGAGGAGGAGGAAAGUCCCGCGAGUAAUGUAGGAAACACUCGUUCAAGUUCUCAAGAGUUGGGGCUGAAAUCGUCCAAAAGAAAACGGGAGGGAAAAAGAAACAGAAAAUGAGGUUGUUGUUUUUUGUUUUUUUUUUUCUAUGUGUAUUUUUGGCCUUUGUCAUCACGAACAAAGAAUAAUCAUACAGCAUCCGUUUGACAUUCAUGCACAUCCGCUAUUGUGAGAGCAAGAACAUGACAAGUACAUGAUGGCUCGCUGUUUUGUGUUUGUUUGUUUGUUGUUAAAUGGAAAUGACAUGCAGAGUAGAAUGUUGUACACAAAAUAAGCUUAUUGGAAGAUAAUGCUUCGGGAAUAAUGUAAAUCUUUUGUCUCAUCUAAUAAACUUAUUUCGUGUAUUACUGAUCUUUCAGAUUUUCUUGAAGUAUUUUUAUGUGCAAUAUCGACUUGGAAUCACCCAACAUAUUUAGUCCACAUCAAUAUAACUCAUAAUAUCCAGUCCUUAUCACCAUAUCAGUACUAACAAUCAGUUUCAUAACGAUUUGAUAAUGACAGUGCCUUAAUUAUGCUCGCUUGCAGUUGUAAUAUCAUCUGUGAUUGUAAAUAAGGUAAAAUAUAUAUGCAUUAUACACGCCAUAGCCUGGAAACGCUUUUGAAUAACAGUGAGAGUAUUUAACCCUUCUGGUGCCACAUCGUAUGAUAUUUCAUGGAAUUUCAGGUAAAUUGACACAGAUAUUGUGAAUAGAGCAAUCUUUAUGUGAGAACUCUACGUGAUAUGCAUGUUAAGUUAAUUAUGUCUUAUUUGAUUUGUUAAAUAUAUAUGGUCUUUUUUUACUCUUUUUUGUUUA